GGCGUGACGCAGGCAGAGACUACUUAAGGGCGGAUUAGAGGCGGCGGCCGCGGAUUCCCGAGCCCGUCAGCCAGCUCCGCGCGCUGCGCCCAGGCCUCUCAGGAGGCAGCACAGGGGCGCCCGGUGCCUGCACAAGUGCCUGGCGCGGGGGGUGGUGCCCGGACCUUUCCCUGGCCCCCAACCCAGGGGGUGAGACCUCUCUCGGGCCGCCAAGAGCUCACGGACCUGCACGCUGCCACCCCCGCCCCGCCCCUCUCCCGGGCAUCCGUGGGCUCCAGACCUGAUCCCCGGACGGCGCGGGAGGUUAGUGCCCGCUCUCCCAACCGCGCCAACUGCCCCAUCAGUCGGGGUGCGCUACGAUUUCUUUCCUCAUUUCCCUCUUUUAAGUGCAAUAAAAGGGAGAGGGGAUUCCUGGAUUUUUUUUUUUUUAAUUUGUUUGCUUCCUUAAUUGGGGGGGCAAGCGCUCCCAGUCGGGAGGUGCGGCCCAGGGAGGGGCCAGGAGCGGGAACGUGCCCGGUGCUGCCCAGUCUUUGUCUGCUGCCUCCGGAUGCACAGCGAUGGGGGAAUGGACCAUCUUGGAGAGGCUGCUGGAAGCCGCGGUGCAGCAGCACUCCACUAUGAUCGGGAGGAUCCUGUUGACUGUGGUGGUGAUCUUCCGGAUCCUCAUUGUGGCCAUUGUGGGGGAGACGGUGUACGAUGAUGAGCAGACCAUGUUUGUGUGCAACACCCUGCAGCCCGGCUGUAACCAGGCCUGCUAUGACCGCGCCUUCCCCAUCUCCCACAUUCGUUACUGGGUCUUCCAGAUCAUAAUGGUGUGUACCCCGAGUCUCUGCUUCAUCACCUACUCUGUGCACCAGUCUGCCAAACAGCGAGAACGCCGCUACUCUACUGUCUUCCUAACCCUGGACAGGGAGCCCCCUGAGUCCAUGGGGGGUCCUGGAGGAACUGGGGGUGGAGGCAGUGGUGGUGGCAAACGAGAUGAUAAGAAGUUGCAAAAUGCCAUUGUCAAUGGGGUGCUGCAGAACACAGAGAACACCAGCAAGGAGACAGAGCCAGAUUGUUUAGAGGUUAAGGAGCUGACCCCACACCCAUCAGGGCUGCGCACUGCUGCACGAUCCAAGCUCCGAAGGCAGGAAGGCAUCUCCCGCUUCUACAUUAUCCAAGUGGUGUUCAGAAAUGCCCUGGAGAUUGGGUUUCUGGUAGGCCAAUACUUUCUCUAUGGCUUCAGUGUCCCAGGGUUGUAUGAGUGUGACCGCUACCCCUGCAUCAAGGAGGUGGAAUGUUAUGUGUCCCGGCCUACUGAGAAGACUGUCUUUUUAGUGUUCAUGUUUGCCGUGAGUGGCAUCUGUGUUGUGCUCAACCUGGCUGAACUCAACCACCUGGGAUGGCGCAAGAUCAAGUUGGCCGUGCGAGGGGCCCAGGCCAAGAGGAAGUCAGUCUAUGAGAUCCGCAACAAGGACCUGCCCCGGGUCAGUGUUCCCAAUUUUGGCAGGACUCAGUCCAGUGACUCUGCCUAUGUGUGAAGGGGCAGCUUCACACAUAGGGCCUGGGGAAUGAAAUCUGCCCCAAGGCAGAUGACUACUCAGAGAGAGUGGCUGUAUCUGCCCUCAUUUGCCAUUGAGCUAUAGGACAAGACUAGUUAAGAGAAGACCCUGCAUCAAUGGGAGAGGAGAGAAAGUAGAGCCAUUACCACAGGUCACACCAUUGGUUCCUACAGAGACCACUGCGCAGAGUGAUGAGAUGGAUGAGUUGGACUUCUUUGGGCCUUUUCGCUGAUGGCCCAGUCUGAUCCUGCCAACAGUGUGCUUGCACAGCUACCAAGUAGGACUUAGCUCCACUGAGCUCAAUAUCCUGGUGAAUGGCAUUAACAAAUACUUCAUCGGUCCAAAAUUUGUGACCUAUCUCAACACGUCCCUUCAUCCUGGGCUGCAGGACAAACAUCCUUGAGGCAUCUUUUGUGUACCUCCCCCAUCAGCAUGCUCCUCUCCUUCAACCCAGGAUAGCAUGCCAGCUUUUUUCUGAAUCUAGCCUUACAGUAGACCUAAUAUGGUUUAUCUGCAAGCUAGAGGGAAUUACAUGGGGUGCUUUUUGGAGAUUGGUCAUGGCAGAGGUUCGCAUUCAAGCCCCAUCUGACAAGCCCUUAGUCACUAUGAAAACCUUAGGAAUGUCUCAGUAUUUCCAAUUUUCUAACUCAAACUGCACUGGUGCUGUUUAUUA